GUUAAAGUGGCAUUCCAACACUUUAACUAUCCAAUUAUAAUGUAUUUUGAUAUAACCAAAAUAUCCGAAAUAUAUUAAAUUAUGUAGUGUGUACUUUGAAUAUGUUAAAUUAAUACUUGUGUUCAAUUAUUUGUGUAAUUAUUUGUGCAAUUUGUGUUAAAUUUUUUGUGUAAUUUGGAAGUUUAGUGCACUAGUGUGUACAAUUUUUGUCAAAGUGGCAUUUAAACACUUUAAUUAUCCAAUUAUAAUUUUUUUUAAUAUAACCGAAAUAUCCGAAACCCGACCCGAUAUCCGAUAAUAUCCGACUUAAAAAUAUCCGAAAUACCCGAUUUGAAAUAUCAAAGGGUCGGGCCUAGUAUUUAAAUUAAAAAAACCCGAACGGGUUUGGGGUUCGCAAACCCGACCCGCCCGAACCCGACCCGUGCACACCCCUAUCUGUGGGUGAGGCAUGACUAGACGGUGGGCGAAGGCUGUACGACGAGCGGCGGCUGGACGACGAACAGUAGGUCGACGUCGGGCGGCGCUUGAAUCCAAGUCAGGCGGACAACUGUCCCAGCUAGCCACGUUGCUUCUGGGUCAACGACUGUGUUCCCAGGCCGGAGUUUUGUUGAAGCGGUUACGCGGAUGGGCGUUGGGAGGUUGUAGCUAGGGUUGAAGAGGAAAAGUAGGAGGUUAAUGUUUUAUAGGUAUAAGCUAAAUUUUAUAUUUGUCCAUAAAAAUUAUUUAUCAUUAUUUCUUUAUUACGAAUUUUAAUUAAAUGUUACCAUUCUAAUGGGUCUCCAAUACUAAACAAAAGUAAAUGUAAAAUACAUGGACACCAACUUGUAGGAGAGAGAGGGAGUGAGACCGAAGGUCCCAAUGUAGAUCUUCUCUUGAACCUUGGUCUGAACUAGAAUAGACCUCGUUUUUUGUUUUUGUUUUUUUGACAAUCCACCUCUCCAUUAUAGAUGUCUUAGCACACGAAUUACAAAAAUUUACAAAAUCAAUGAUUCCGAUUCUAGAUGAUUUUUUUAAAUAAAAAUAUUAAGGAUGACAAAAGGGGAAAUUUUAUCACUACGUAUUUCAAUUGCACCAGUGAGUUUACUUUUCCAGAAGAGAUGGCUUUUGGGCGUUGGUGCUAUUUCUUGGUCUUGAAACUGUAGCUGCCAAUUCCCAUCACAUGGUCUCCAACGGAAUGAAAAUGAAAGUGGAACUAUAGAAAGUAAAUAAAAGGUGAAAAAAGAAACAGUUGGAAAAAAGAGAGAGGUAAAGAAGAAAGGAAAACUUUACCAAACAGAAGAAAGUGCAAGCUGGAUUAUAUUCCACUGGAUUCUGCUCCCACUUCCUCAACCAUGAUUUGAAAUCACACUCACAAGCCAAAGUGCCAAACAAAGUCAGUGGCCUAGCUACCUAUUCACUCUUUCUAUUUCAGGGAUUUUGGUUGUUAUGGUGGAGAUCUUGGUGAUUAUUGCUGGUUUUGACCUUUCUGGGUUUUCUAUCAUCGUUUGGAUCUUGAUAAAGCUUUGGUUUUUUGCAGUAACAAUAUAUCCCAAGGCUCUGUUUGGUAAAGGUUGCAUUUUUCAGGUACACCAAGAUUGGGGCUUUAAUCUUUGCCUUGUGGGUGUGUGAAAAAGUUGGAUCUUGAUCCUUAGGGUUGUGUUUGUUCGUAAAUACUUGCAAUUUAGGGUCGUUUUUCGUUUUCUCUUUUUGCUCAUUUUUCCUCUCAAGGGUAAAAUAGAACUAGCAACACAGUAUAGACACCAUCUGGCUGCUGUGGAGAUCUGGGAGGUGCUUAAUCUGUUAUGUCCCAUGAGGAACUUCUUCCCUUCAGAUUCUUGCAGAGAUUCUCAGCUAAAAGCCAUCAAUCCACAAUCAUGGCUCCAAGUUGAGAGGGGCAAACUUCCGAAAUUCUCCUCCCGUUCUUCUUACUCUUCAAUAGACUCAUUAAUCAAGGUUCCUCAACCUCCUAUUUUACCACACUUCAAACCUGUUGACUAUGUAGAGGUUUUAUCCCAAAUUCAUGAAGAACUUGAGACGUGCCCUCCAACCAAACGGUCAUAUCUCUAUCUGCUUCAGUUUCAGGUCUUUAAGGGUCUUGGGGAAGUCAAAUUGAUGCGGAGAAGCCUCCGUGCUGCUUUCUUGAAAGCCGAAACUGUAUAUGAUAAGCUAAUCUUUGGGGCUUGGUUGAAGUAUGAAAAGCAAGACGAAGAUUUUGUUUUGGACUUACUUGAAUCUUGUGGUAAAUGUGCAAAGGAGUUGUUCGGGGUUAUAGAUAUAGCUUCUGAGAUAGCACCUGUAUAUAUAGCUUCUUCCUAUGUAGAUUCUACUUUUUCUAGAACUGUUACAUUUCAAAUCGGGCGUGAAAAAAUAGUAUGUGACAGGAAAAAGAUUGCUACCCUUUCAUCCCCUUUCCAAGCCAUGCUUAACGGUUGUUUUAAAGAAUCCUUUUGUGAUGAAAUAGAUUUGUCAGAAAAUGACAUUUCUGCAAUGGGAUUUAGGCUGAUAAGUAAAUUUACCAUAAAGGGCACACUGGAUGAAGGAGUGUCAUCUGACCUUUUGUUAGAAAUUUUGGUGUUUUCCAACAAGUUCUGUUGUGAAACUCUCAAGGAUGCGUGUGAUAGGAGACUGUCUUCUCUGGUAUCUUCUACAAUGGACGCUGUUGACCUAAUGGAAUGUGCCCUUCAGGAGGAUGCCCCCGUCCUUGCCGCCUCGUGCUUGCAAGCCAUCCUCCGAGACCUCCCACACUCUUUGAACGAUAGUCGGGUGGUUGAACUGCUAAGCAAUGUUAAAAGUCAACAAAUGUCAACUUUGGUCGGUGAGUCUGCCUUUUCCCUUUACUGUUUUCUAAGUGAAGUGGCAAUGAGUACUGACCCGAAAUUGGAAAUGGGCGCCUAUUUCUUGGAACGGAUGGUUGAUUCCUCAGAAAACAACCAACAGAAGAUGGUGGCUUGUCAUCAAUUGGGAUGUGUUAAAUUCCUUAGAAAAGAGUAUGAUGAUGCUGAGGUUCACUUCCGGGCCGCGUUUGACGCUGGGCAUACUUACUCCAUUGUUGGUUUGGCUAGAGUGAUGAGUCACAUCAAGGGUCAUAAAAGAUUGGCAUUUGAGAAAUUAAGUUCUAUAAUUUCUUCCAUGAAUGCCCUUGGAUGGAUGUACCAAGAGAGGUCAUUGCAUUGCGAAGGAGACACGAGUUGGGAUGAUUUGGAGAGAGCGACUGAAUUGGACCCAACAUUGACUUACCCGUACAUGUCCCGAGCAGCUUCGUUCAUGAGAAGACAAAAUUCCCAGAGUGCCCUUGCAGAAAUUAACCGGAUUCUCGGAUUCAAACAAGCUUUGGAGUGUUUAGAGCUCCGGUUUUGUUUCUACCUCGCCAUAGAAGACUACCAAUCAGCCAUGUGUGAUGUUCAAGCAAUCCUCACUCUAUGUCCGGAGUAUAGGAUGUUUGAUGGGCGGGUCCCGGCAUUGCAACUCCGUACACUCGUGAGGGAGCAUGUUGAGAACUGGACAGAAGCUGACUGUUGGAUGCAACUGUAUGAAAGAUGGUCGUCUGUCGAUGAUAUUGGGUCCCUUUCGGUAAUUUAUCAGAUGCUCGAGUCAGAUUCGCCAAAAGGUGUUCUCUACUUCAGACAAUCUCUUCUCUUACUCAGAUUAAAUUGCCCAGAAGCAGCCAUGAGAAGUUUAGAGCUGGCUCGCCAGCAUGCAUCUAGUGAACAUGAACGCCUGGUUUAUGAGGGGUGGAUCUUAUAUGAUUCUGGUCAUUGUGAAGAAGGCCUAAGAAAGGCAGAUGAAUCUAUACGCAUCAAGAGAUCUUUUGAAGCAUUUUUCCUGAAAGCCUAUGCAUUGGCUGAUUCCUGUCUUGAUCCGUCUUGUUCAUCAACUGUCAUAUCACUGCUUGAAGAAGCUUUGAGGUGCCCUUCAGAUAGGCUUCGCAAAGGUCAGGCACUAAACAAUCUUGGUAGUGUCUAUGUUGAUUGUGAGAAUCUAGAGGCUGCAGCUGAUUGCUAUAUGAAUGCCCUUGAAAUUCGACACACCCGGGCCCACCAAGGUCUUGCUCGGGUCCACUUCUUGAAAAAUGACAAGACUGCUGCAUACAAUGAGAUGACCAAACUGAUUGAUAAUGCCAAGAGUAAUGCAUCUGCCUACGAGAAGAGGUCGGAGUACUGUGAAAGAGAGCUCACAAAGGCAGAUCUUGAGAUGGUCACUCGUUUAGAUCCUCUACGGGUUUACCCAUACAGAUACCGGGCUGCAGUGUUGAUGGACAACCGGAAGGAGAAGGAAGCAAUUAGUGAACUGACAAGGGCGAUUGCUUUCAAAGCGGAUCUCCACCUUUUACACCUCAGAGCCGCAUUCCACGAGCACAUCGGUGACGUUACAGGUGCACUACGAGACUGUCGGGCGGCUCUCUCGGUUGACCCAAAUCAUCAAGAAAUGCUGGAACUUCAUAGCCGUGUAAACAACACUCAAGAACCUUGAAGGAAGAAAACGUCCACCCUGUCAAAGUCGGGGGAGGAUGGAUGAGCAGUAGAUUCUUUGUCGAAUUAUCUCCGUUUAAAUAACAAAAUUUUGUUCUGUUGUAAUGGAGGAGUAUUAUGCUUUCCCCCUUUUGGGUUUCUUUUUGUGAAUAUGAGUUCUAGAUUAAUGCAACACCAGUUUCUAUAAGGCAUCAUCAAUAUUGUGAAGAGCCAUAUUUUCCUUCAUAAUUUAUACAUGCAUCUUUUCCUUCAUUUGUUUUUCAGCAUUUGCGGCUGAUUGACUUGAUCCCUUAAUUUUAU